AUGAUUCAUGUUUCACGGACACCAGAAUUCUUCAAUUGUGGAAACAUGAAUUUAUUCCCGGACGCAUUCUCUGACCACAAUCUGGAAUCUAUGGCUAGAAGCAGAACCAGACAAAGGUCUCACUCCUAUUACAAUGCAGAGGAAAAAAAGCCUUAUGGUGUGGACACACAGAAAGGAGAAACCUGUUUAAGACCUCGAUCUAGGUCUUUUUACAGCUAUGAGACAUCGGAGUUAUGCUCAGAAGAUGACAUAAGACACUUUACAACCUCCCCUACGUCAAAACAGAUGCAAAGCUCACCGCUAAAGUAUCAAGCAACCAAAAAGGAGGAAAGAGACGGGGAUGUGUCGGUUGUUGAGUUCACCUCUAAGAAGUCAAAGCAUAAACCAAACAAGCAAUCACCCUCUAGAGAAACUUGUGGGAGUAAAUGCCAUCUCAAGCAAGUUUCCAUGAUGACCAUCUCUGAAGCAGACAACUGGGAGAUUUGUUCCAGCUCUGGGAUGAAGUAUGGGCAGUUUGUGGACUGGGAGAAAAUUGAUCCUGAAGCUGCAAAAAAAUAUCAACAAAUGCUACGGAGUGAGCACCAGCAGCUUAAAACUAUGGCUCGGGAAGGAUUUUGGGCCAUGCCACACACACUAAGGGCCAAAGCUUAUUAUCACAUCAUCCACAGCAUCAAUUCUAUAAGGGCUGUCACUCCAGACAGAGAUGUCUACUAUGAACUGACCAAGAAGCUAUUUGGAGAACAAAAACGUAGCAGCCACCCAGUCCCGAAGUAUAUGGAAGAUGGAGAAAUACCAAGAUACUGCCUCAACAAAGCAGGCCUGAAUUCUGCAAAAAAAGUUCUUCUUUGUCUCGGAAAAUACUUCAUAGACAUGAACUUCUGCCCCAUUCUACCCGCCCUGGUCUCCCUCAUCCUCCACUUCAGCGAGGAUGAAGCUGAAUGUUUCUACAGUGUGUCCCGACUUAUCUGCUACAAUGAUCCCAACAAGCGCUACAUUGACCAGACUUUCCUCACCUACCGUGCUUCCUGUAUGACCUUUGGAGACCUUGCCAACAAAUGCUGCAGAGGCAUUCGCAAGCUGAUAGCCAGCUCCCACCAGAACCUGUUUGAGUUUUACUCUGACUGGAUCAUGUGGAUAUUUGCUGACCUUCCGUUCACAUAUGCCAUUAGAGUUCUAGACGUCUACCUGCUGGAGGGCUACAAGGUCCUCUACAGGGUUGCUCUGGCUUUGCUUGACCUCUAUAAAGUAUCAGUAUCAUCUCGAGUGGCAGAUGUGGAAGACUUCAGAACAGACAUGAAAAGAUUUGUGCAAAAUGUAGCUCGCCACUGCACGGCUGAGAAGCUCCUAGAAAGAGCCUUCAAGAUUUCAGUACCCACAAGGAGAGACCUUAACCUACUGUUCACUGCCAAUAAAGAGUCACUCAUACUAAAAGGUGUCAGCAUAGACCAGAAAAGGCAACCAGUAGAGACAGUGGAUUUCAACAACUUUCGUUCCAGUGUUGUAACAGGGACGGAGAUGAGAGUCAUCUGGGCCUGGAUACCUGAGCGCUUUGCCCUCUUCAGUCCCUUCAGGUUGUUCAGCACAGCUGAGCAUGAAAGGACUCUUGCUUCAUUCUAUUCACAUGUGGAGGGACAUGAACCAUCUGUCAUGAUUAUUAAAUCUGUGGAUGAAGAGGUAUUUGGUGCCUUCUUGUCAACUGAUGUAGCAGAAAGAAGAAAACAUGACUCAGAGGAACUAGUAUACUUUGGAACUGGGGAGUGUUUAGUUUUCACGCUCCGUCCCAACAUGGAGCUCUACCAGAGAUCUAUGGUCAAUAUAAUGAGCCCAAGAGCUUCUCCUGAGCAAAAUCCCAGCUAUCUGAUGGUCACUGCACCAGUGGAGGAAUCCAUGUCUGCUAAAGAGCCCAAGAGGCCUAAGGAGCAAGAGGCCUCAAAGUUCAUAGCAGGCGAUGACAAUCAGCUUAUUAUUGGUGGUGAUGGAGGCCAUGCUCUCUGCCUGCAAAGAAACCUACAAGGGGGUUACACAGAGCCGUGUGAAACUUUUAAGAGCAUUGCACUCUGCAAAAGAGACUUCAAGAUCCAGUCCCUGGAAGUGUGGGGCAUCCAGAACUCCAUUUCCUUUUCUCAUUGUUUUCCUUCUAAGUGA